AUGCUCGCUGUUGUAUUCGGGUGUGAACACUUCCAUACAUACCUAUACGGGAAACAGUUCGUCGUGGAAACAGACCACAAACCAUUGGAGAUGAUCCACCUCAAAAACCUGUCAGCAGCGCCCCAACGACUUCAAAGAAUGCUACUACGGGUACAGCCUUACGACGUGACCAUCAAAUACAGACCGGGAAGUAUGAUGGAGGUGGCAGACGCCCUCUCCCGAUCACCCGGCAAGACCAGCAAGACAAUUGACUUGGACAUCCGUGUAGACCUGACACAGUUCUCCGACAAAAAGAUACAGUCCCUAAAAGAAGAGACCAGUAAGGACGCUGCACUACAAGCUCUAAAAGAGAUCAUCUUGGAAGGCUGGCCUGAAAGACCAAAGCAACUACCAGCCCCCAUCAGGCCCUACUGGGCAUACAGGGACGAACUAUCCAUUGAGGAUGGAUUACUACUGAAGGGGGAUUGUGUCAUCAUCCCAACAAGUAUGAAGCAAGAGAUACUAGAAAAACUUCAUGAAGCACAUCAGGGGAUAGAGAAGACCAAACUCAGAGCAAAGACAUGUGUCUUUUGGUGCGGCAUCGGGACCGACAUUGAAAACAUGGUAAAAAGCUGCCAUGUGUGCCAAGAGUUCCAGAAAUGCCAACCUGCAGAACCCCUGCUCCAACAUGAACUUCCCACACGACCGUGGCAAGUGCUGGGAACCGAUCUAUUUUACAUAGAGGGAGAAGAAUACAUCAUAGUAAGUGACUACUAUUCUAAAUUUCCCAUAAUCAGGAAGAUGUCCGGAGGCAGCAGAGGUACCAUCUCAACACUGAAAGCCAUAUUUGCAGAACAAGGCAUACCAGAGAAAGUCAUUAGCGACAACGGGCCACAUUUCUCAGCUGAACGAUUUCAAGAAUUUGCCAAAGCCUGGGGAUUUACCCAUAUAACAUCCAGCCCACACUAUCCCCAGUCGAACGGCUUCAUAGAGCGGCAAAUCCAAACAACCAAGCGAACACUGCAAAAAGCCAAGCUCUCCAACAUCGACCCCAACAUGGCUAUGCUCAUAUUACGUGCAACCCCAAUCGAUCAUAACCUUCCAUCACCAGCUGAACUCCUAAACACCAGGAAAAUGAAAUCGAACUUACCAAUGAGGGUCAAAAACCACAACACCAUGCGGGAAGACGUUAGACGCCAUCUAGAAGAACGACAACUUCAGCAAAAGGAACACUUUGACAACAGGGCAGGUGAGGAGCUUCCGCCACUUAUCCCUAACCAGCCUAUCAGUGUCAGAGACCAACAAUCUGGAAGGUGGAAGAAUGCAACUAUAGUAGGAAAAUCACCAGAGCCAAGGUCGUACAUAGUGGAAACCACAGAAGGCUCCAUCCUACGUCGCAAUCGACGUGAUCUCAGGGAGAUCACUGAGGAAAAGAGAAACACCAGCGCUGCCCCACUCGAACCACUGAGACAGGGAAACCAAUCUAACUCGCCCCAUCAAAACCAGCGGCGGGUCUCCUUCAACCCUAAGGACAACAAACCAUCAACCAACAAACAGCUAGACAAGUUCGAGAAGCGCCCAACCACCACAACAUCGCAGGGCCAUUGUGAUCCCAGCUCAGAGACAGUUGUAUGUCGAACAAGAGCCGGAAGAGAAGUGCGACGACCAAAGCACUUGAAUGAGUGA